AUGCCCAUCGGCGUAGCCAUCAUAGGAAGUGGGAACUUCGCCCGCGAAGAACACCUGCCCGGCGUACAAGCAUCGGACGCAUUCGACUUGAAAGCCAUCUAUUCGCGGUCCCUCACUUCAGCGCAGGCCCUCGCGACCGGAGUCUCCGGAGUUGACCUGUACUCGGGAGAUGCAGGGCCGGGGAAAAGUUACGAUGAUCUGCUUGGUCGGCCGGAUAUUAAGGCCGUUAUUAUAGCUCUCCCCAUCCUAGCACAGCCAGAGUUCAUCCGCAAGGCCCUGAUAGCGGGGAAACAUGUUCUGUCUGAGAAGCCAAUCGCGAAGGAUCUAUCUGCGGCGCAGGACCUGAUCAACCUCCACAAUUCCCGCAUCAUCAGCAGCAAGACCAUUUGGGCUGUGGCCGAGAACUGGAGGUACAUGAGCAAGUUUGUGCGGGCUGCGCAGGAAGUGCGUAGACUUGGCGGUGUGAAGAAUUUCCGGGUCACCAUGAGGAGUAUGAUUAAGCCUGGGUCGAAGUAUCAUAAAACGGAAUGGCGUCGGAAACCCGAGUACAAGGGUGGGUUUGUUCUAGACGGCGGUGUUCAUGUUGUUGCUGCACUGCGGUUGAUUCUGGGACAGAGUGAUGGUCUGGCUAUGGUGGCUGCGCAUUCGUCGCUGCGGCAGGAGCAUCUUGCCCCUGUUGAUACUGUUGAUGCGUUGGUUAAGACCCGGUCAGGCGCUACGGGUGUGCUGUCUGUCUCGUAUGGUUCGGAGAUCAAUGAUUCCGUUUUCGAGUUUACGUGCGCGGACGGUGUCGUGACGUUGGAUUUUGAUCGGUUGACGGCGAAUGGUGAAGGUUAUGAUGUGCCGUUUGAAGGCCGCGGCGUCAAUAAGGAGCUUGUUGAGUUCGCCGAGUCCAUUACCACUGGAGCUGGGAUUGCGACCCGCUUGCGACCGGAGGAAGCAUUGGCGGAUUUGGAGGUGAUGGAAGGCAUCUUCACUAGUAGCGAGAACGAGGCGUUAGCACCCGACUGCACUGGGCGGCCAACCUCAGCGCGAAUUUUUGAGAUCGAAUUCGACCCGUCACGACAACUCGAGCGCCAGCGGCCUUACGAAACCGACAAGAUGGUCCUCGCAAAGAAGCACGUCCCCAUCGUCAAGAAGCGCACCAAGACCUUCAAGCGCCACCAGUCGGACCGCUUCAAGUGUGUGCCUGAGUCAUGGCGCAAGCCUAAGGGUAUCGACUCCCGCGUCCGUAGACGCUUCAAGUCGAACAUUCCCAUGCCCUCCAUCGGCUAUGGCUCCAACAAGAAGACCAAGCACAUGAUGCCCUCCGGCCACAAGGCUUUCCUCGUCCAGAACCCCAAGGACGUUGAGCUCCUCCUCAUGCACAACCGCACCUACGCUGCUGAGAUCGGCCACGCCGUCUCCUCCCGCAAGCGCGUCGAGAUCGUCGCCAAGGCCAAGGCUCUUGGUGUCAAGGUUACCAACCCCAAGGGCCGUGUCACCACUGAGGCUUAA